AUGGACCCGCUGAAGAUCCCUCUUGCUGCUCAAGCCCAACACACCACGAUCGAUGACGUGACUGUAUGGGAGUGGUCUGGCUCUGCAUAUGACGAAGGAGAUGGAGCAGCCGAAUGGUUUUCCGCCUACUUCGGGAAGCCGAGCCGGCUAGUGCGUUUCAAAGAAGCGUCCGAAACUAGACCGACCAACCCGGAGUAUGCUCAAGGUUACAAAGUCAUGUUCACUGAUGCCUUCCCCAUCCUGAUGGCCUCCCAGGCCUCACUGGAUGCGCUAAACGAGAUUCUCAAAGAGCCUGUACCAAUGAACCGCUUCAGACCAAAUAUCUCAGUUGAUGGAUGCCAUCCAUACUCAGAGGACCUGUGGAAAACAGUGAAGAUCAACAAGCUAACAUUCAUAGGUGUCAGGUUAUGCGACCGUUGCAAGAUUCCUAACAUUGAUCAAGAAAAGGCAAUCCCUGGUACUGAACCAAAUGAAACUCUGCUCACAUUUCGGUCUGGUGAAGUGCUGCUUCCAAGCCAUAAAAAUAAACGGCAGGUGUACUUUGGGAAAAAUCUUGUCUGCAAAGAGUCCCUGUCAGCUGAAGGCAACGGAAGGGCCAUCAAGGUUGGCGAUCCGGUUUAUGUUGUACAGUCAUUCUCGUCUCAUGAUGAAGCUCCAGCCUGA